UCUAUGUCUCGUAAGCGAUGACAGCACUUUGUGCAGAAACUGCGGACAUGCGUUUCAUCAGCCAAACCUAACUCAUAUCUUAGCCAGCCAAACCUUACUCAGACCUUGGCAAAAGCAGACCAGAUCAAUUUAAAGCAGCAGGAUGUGUGGUAUAUGGGCUUUGUUUGGCAGCGAUGAUUGCCUGGCUGUUCAGUGCUGUAAUGCCAUGAAGAUCGCUCAUCGCGGUCCAGAUGCUUUUCGAUUUGAGAAUGUCGACGGUUUCACCAACUGCUGCUUUGGUUUUCACCGUCUGGCUAUUGUGGAUCAGCUGUACGGCAUGCAGCCUCUUCGUAUCAAGAAGUUUCCCUACCUCUGGUUGUGUUAUAAUGGUGAGAUCUACAACUACCUCAGGCUACAGGAGCACUUUAAGUUUGAGCAUCAGACCAAAGUUGAUGGAGAGAUCCUUCUUCACCUGUAUGAUCGGUUCGGGAUUAAGGAGAUGGCCUCUCUGCUAGAUGGCGUAUUUGCCUUCAUCUUGCUGGACACUGCUAACCGAAAGGUAUUUCUGGGCAGAGAUACCUACGGUGUAAGACCUUUAUUCAAGAUGAUUACAGAUGAUGGCUUUCUAGCUGUCUGCUCUGAGGGAAAAGGUUUGACAGAAGUUAAACACUCCAUGUCCACCCCGGCAAAGAUCAGCCCCUUCCCACCGGGACACUUUGAGGUGUUUGACUUGAAGCUUACAGGAAAAGUGGAGUCUGUUCAGAUGGAUUGUUUUCACAACUGCACAGAUGAACCCAGACAUGCCACCUAUGGUGGCGUGGAAAAUCUUGGCACAGGCUUUGAAUUGAAGACUGUCAAGAACAACAUUAGGAUCCUGUUUGAAAAUGCUGUAAGGAAACGAUUGAUGGCACACAGAAGGAUCGGCUGCCUCCUUUCAGGCGGUCUUGAUUCUAGUCUGGUUGCUGCAUUUCUUGUGAAACUGGCUAAAGAAGAGCAGCUCCAGUAUCCCAUUCAGACGUUUGCCAUCGGCACCGAAGACAGCCCAGAUAUAAUAGCUGCUCGCAAGGUGGCAGCUCACAUAGGCAGUGAGCAUCAUGAGGUGAGCUUCACUCCUGAGGAGGGCAUCCAUGCACUAAAGGAAGUCAUCUUUCACCUGGAAAGUUAUGACAUCACUACUGUGCGUGCCUCUGUUGGUAUGUACCUGAUAUCAAAGUACAUCCGUGAGAAGACAGACAGCGUUGUGAUUUUUUCGGGUGAAGGUUCGGAUGAACUGACACAAGGAUACAUCUACUUCCAUAAGGCUCCAUCACCUAAAGCCGCUUGUAAGGAGAGUGUCCGUCUGCUGAAAGAGCUGUAUCUGUUUGAUUUACUGAGAGCCGACAGAACCACAGCAGCACAUGGACUGGAGUUAAGAGCGCCUUUCCUGGAUCACAGGUUCACUGCAUAUUACCUCUCACUGCCUGAAGAAAUGAGAUCCCCAAAGGAUGGAAUUGAGAAGUACCUGCUGAGGGACGCGUUCAGAGACAUGAACCUGCUCCCACAUGAGAUCCUCUGGAGAAGAAAAGAGGCCUUCAGUGAUGGCAUUACCUCCAUAAAGAAAUCCUGGUACACGAGCCUGCAAGAGCACAUUGAGUCUCAGGUGAGCGAUUCUCAGUUAGAAACGGCUGCUAAGCUGUUCCCUAUAAACCCCCCAACAACCAAAGAGGGCUUUUUCAUACGGCAGAUCUUUGAUAAGAUUUACCCCAGCCGCUGCGAGUGGAUACCGCAUUACUGGAUGCCACAAUGGAUCGAUGCCACGGAUCCCUCGGCCAGAACGCUGUCCAUAUACAAGCCAGAUAAAGAUUAAUAAUCUGAGAGCUCAGCUAAACAUCAUGUUCACUGUAACACCGCACAUACUGUAUACAUUCAUCUUUAAUGUGUUCUAGAAAUACUGAAAGAUGGCUGUUAACAUAAUGCAAAGUGGUGAUAAGCUGCUGCUAGUGUUACAUUAUUGUGCUAUGUUUUAGUGCCUCAACUUUGUCUGUAAAAUAAACUUGAGUUUUAGGUGA